CAGAACUACAUGUAGUAGUAAUACAAUCAUGAUUAGUUAUUGUGUAAUUUUUAUUUAAGAAAGAAAGGGAGAUACUUUGAUCAAUACAUUUAGAAAUAUUUCAGAACAAAAUAUAUAAAAAAAACAAACUUUUGUAUCCAUUAGACCAUUUUGAUUUCUGUUUUUUGUCUUUAACUCCACAAAAUUAUGUUUUGUUCUUAGAUUUUAAUAGAAAAGUCUUUUUAAUAAAAAUAUUUAUGCCAAAAAAUAUGAAAAGCGUAUGCAUUGGUCUGAUUUCUGGAAAUGGUUAAACUGAUCAUGACUAGUCUACUGAAUGCCCUGUUCAUUGACAAGUUAUCUGUGGCAGUUUCACUUUAACUGAUUGGUGCAGAAAUCUUGACCUGUCAAUAAAGGUAACCUGUCUACAGUGACAGUGUUUUUUUGGCUCACCUUGGGUGGUCUUUAUAGACAGGUUUGACUGUAUUUAAAAUAUUUGGAUGUUUGUGUCUCUGUCUAUAAGUAGUGAUUAUUUGAGUCAUAGAGUCCUGCCUUUCUUGUGGAGCCCUUCAAAUUUUGUCUAUUUUUAUAUACAUGUAUAUCCUACUUCAAAUUUUGUCUAUUUUUAUAUAUAUCCUAGUAUUUGGGACGCAUCAAACUUGAAACUGGUGUCAUGGACUCACCUGGAAACUCCUACAAAAUUACUGUUAUGUACUAAUCUAAUGAAAUAAAAUUCAAUCUAAUGGAUGUUGUGAUGUUUGAUGUACCAGGGUAGUCAAUCGUAUAGAGGCUACAUAGACCAGGUUCACAACACAUUGCCUGUAUGGUGGUUUACACCUAACAAGCAAUGGAUUCUUAUCAAGGAUCAAUAUCUUAUGGCUAUGUAAGUUAGUCCUGAAACGGGCACCAUUAAGGCAAUGGUUAAACUUCUGUUUAUCAUUCGUCUAACCAAAGAGUUGUGUUGUCAUGGGUAACAGCUACCAGUGCCAUCUGGUGAGCAAACUGAGAACCAGAAAGAUGUAUCCCCACCAGACUGUCCAACAGAGCUAUGGAAUCACCACAGGAGCUUUAUUGCUGAGAUGAAGUUCUAUGUCAACAAACUAGGCCAAGUUAUAUAUGCACAAGAGCACGGCUCUAACAAGCAGGUGGCCUCCAAGUCCUGUGCCCUGUCCCUGGUACGUCAGCUUUACCAUACCCAUGUCAUAGAGGCAUUUACAGGCCAGACAAAGAAAAAGGAUACAGAAAAGUUGGAGCCCCAUGAAGUAGCCAUAGCACCUGAGUUAACAGCUUCCAUUGACAAGGCUCUGGAAGACUGGAAUAUUUUCCCGAUCCCUAUGCCUACCGAUGAUAGUAGCCAACCCAGCUCUUUGCUCACUCACACCAGUCUGGAAGAAUUUGAGCCGGCCCUUCGCCGUAACACUGGGGGUGUAGUACCUUGGUCCCCUCCUCAACCAAACUGGAAUCCCUGGACAAAUUGUAACAUUGAUGAAGGACCUUUGGCUAUGGCAACAAUGGAAGAAAUCAGUCAGGACUUGUAUAACAACUUUGAACAGCACAAGUCUUCAGAUGAAAACCUUCAUCACAUGUUGGAGGAAAGGUCUAAACUACCAGUGUGGACCUCUCAUGAUCAUAUCCUUCAGACCAUUCACGAAAACCCAGUCACACUAAUCAGAGGUGAGACAGGAUGUGGUAAAACUACACAGGUACCCCAGUUUAUCCUGGACCAGAUGGUGGAGCAGGGUCGUGGUGCAGAGUGUAACAUCAUUAUUACCCAGCCACGAAGGAUCAGUGCUGUGUCUAUAGCAGAAAGAGUGGCCCAGGAGAGAUGUGAGGAUCUAGGGCUCAGUACAGGCUACAGUGUUAGGUUUGAGUCGUUUCUACCUCGAUCCUACGGUGCCAUCCUCUACUGUACUGUAGGUACUUUGUUGAGGAGGCUAGAGAAUGGAAUGAGAGGAAUUUCUCACGUCAUUGUAGACGAAAUUCACGAGCGUGACAUCAAUACGGACUUCCUCUUGGUGAUGCUACGUGACAUGAAAAAUGCCUACCCUCAGCUGAGGGUGAUAUUGAUGUCUGCAACAGUAGACACCACCUUGUUUACAGAGUACUUUGGACAGUGUAAAGUGGUGGAGGUGUAUGGUCGUACACAUCCUGUACAAGAAUAUUACCUGGAGGACUGUAUUCAGAUGCUCAACUUCAUCCCACCUCCAUCGGAUAAACGCAAGAAACGAGACAAGGAUGAGAUUCUGGAUGAUGGGGAACAAGAGGAGAACUGUAACCUGAAUGUCGGUUCGGAAUACUCUGAACAAACGAGAAGGGCUAUGACCAUGUUAAAUGAGAAGGAGAUGUCUUUUGAGCUGAUAGAAGCCCUGAUCAAGUACAUCAAGUCAUUGAAUAUUCCUGGAGCUAUCCUUAUUUUCCUACCGGGCUGGAAUCUCAUCUUUGCUCUUCACAAACACCUGGAGAUGCACCCCGAAUUUGGAGGCCGUCAGUAUCGCCUAUUACCCCUCCACUCACAGAUCCCUAGGGAUGAACAGAGGAGGGUCUUCGAACCUGUACCCGAUGGUGUCACAAAGAUCAUACUGUCAACCAACAUAGCUGAAACUAGUGUCACCAUAAAUGAUGUUGUCUAUGUUAUAGACUCAUGCAAAGCUAAGAUGAAGCUUUUUACAUCCCACAAUAAUAUGACAAACUAUGCCACAGUUUGGGCCUCUAAAACCAACCUGGAGCAGAGGCGAGGGCGUGCAGGUCGUGUGAGGGCUGGCUUUGCCUUUCAUCUGUGCAGUCGUGCAAGAUAUGAAAAGUUGGAUCAACACACCACUCCUGAAAUCUUCAGGACGCCCCUCCAUGAGCUGGCUCUGUCCAUCAAACUGUUGCGUUUAGGUCCUAUUGGUCCUUUCAUGGCCAAGGCUGUAGAACCUCCCCCUAUUGAUGCUGUGAUUGAGGCUGAGGCUCUGCUCAAAGAAAUGCGAGCUCUAGAUUCCAAUGAUGAGUUGACACCGCUUGGUAAAAUUCUAGCCAAACUUCCAAUAGAACCAAGACUGGGGAAGAUGAUCAUCUACGGCUGUCUCUUCUACUGUGGAGAUGCUGUUUGUACUAUAGCAGCCAGUACAACAUUCCCAGAGCCAUUUAUCACCCCUACAGACCGACGUAGAUUGGGCUGGGUCCACAAGUCUCUGGCCGGCAAUAGAUGUAGUGACCAUGUGGCUCUCCUUAAUGCUUUAAGUCUUUGGGAAGAGGCCAGGAUGGGUGGUGAACAGAGUGAGAUCUAUUUCUGUGAACAGAAGUCUCUAUCUAUGCCCACACUAAGGAUGACCUCAGAGGCAAAGUGCCAGCUGCGGGAUAUCCUUAUUAACUCCGGAUUCCCAGAGGAAUGUCUUCUACCACAGGUGUACAACUACAAUGGACCAGACAGCAACUUAGAUAUGGUGAUUACUCUACUGUGUAUGGGUCUGUACCCAAAUGUCUGUUUUCACAAAGACAAGAGAAAGGUACUAACCACCGAGAGCAGAGCUGCUCUCGUCCACAAGUCUUCAGUCAACUGUAACAACUACGAGUGCAGGUUUCCAUCCCCGUUCUUCAUCUUUGGGGAGAAGAUACGGACGCGAGCAGUAUCGUGUAAACAGAUGACAAUGGUAUCACCUCUACAGAUGUUGUUGUUUGCCUCUCGGUCAGUUACUUACCACGAGAACCUCAUAAGUCUGGAUAACUGGAUCAACCUUAAGAUAGACUAUAAUGCUGCAGCCAAGAUUGUUGCCUUGAGACCAGCCCUGGAGGCCAUGAUUGUGAGGACCACAUCAAACCCAGAGGGAGUGGGAACCCCCAGUCCCCAGGAAGAGUCACUGCUGUCUGUUAUCAGGGCACUCUCAAAGCCACGUGCAGGAAAACAUGGAAUUCAGGAUGAUAUGGGCCAACCUGGUGGACCUCCAUCCAAGUUUCAGCGAAUGGGAGGUGGCUUUGGUGGACGUGGAGGUGGAUUUGGUGGGCGUGGUGGGGGAUUUGGUGGUGGUGGAUUCCGAGGAGGAUUUCGUGGACGAGGAGGUGGAGGAUACGGAGGGGGCCGAGGUGGAGGAGGAUAUGGAGGUGGCAGGGGAGGUGGAGGAUAUGGAGGAGGCCGAGGGGGUGGCUAUAGGGGAGGCGGUGGUGGUGGGUUCAGAGGAGGAGGUCCUCGAGGAGGGGGAGGAUUUGGUGGAGGAGGUUUUAGAGGAGGGUAUUAGUUUGAAAGAGAUGAACUUUAGUCAAGUUUUGGCCUGGGGAUAACAUGAAUCUUCCUUAGUGUCUUCAAUGACACUUGGUGCAGAAGUGCGAAGAAUGCUAUUCUGUAUAAGAACUCUGGUUUUAAUUAUAAAAUGAAAACUGGAAGAUAAUGGAACUCAAAAUUGUUUGUUACUGAAUAAGUAUGGUGUAUCCAUUGACGCUCUAUAGAUAUAGAGAUGUACAUGUAUAUGAAAUCUAUAUAUCUGAGGCAACAAUACAUUUAAUAGUGUUUGGGGGAAAAUGAGGAAGAAAUCUUAAAUAAUGGACCAGUGCAUGUGGUGCAUGUACUCUAUAAUUAUAGAUACUAGAAAGUCAUUUAUUGCUGUUCACAAACUUUGAUAUACAUGUUCAAUAAUUGACAACAAAUGAUCCUCGAUUCAGACAUAUGUAUCAUGUUUAAACAUUUCAUUGUACAUGAGAUCGUGUCUCCAUGUAUUGAUUGUUGAUGUACCUUGGUAAAUAAACAAGUUACAUAAAAAGAA